AUGUUUCGCAUUUUAGUGUCCGUGUUCGCGCUUCUGCAAGUCGCAUCAACACAAAAGUGCUGGAAGGAAGAGCUGUGGGCAGCAGAUGUGCGAGCCGGAUUCGGGAGAGUUCGUGAGGGGAAUCUUGGCAAAAAUCUGAACUACGAGUGCAAUCCUGAUUUCGAGGAGAAUGACGACUUGGAGCCUGACAGCGUUGAAAAGAUUAAUGAAAGUGAUGUGAAACUCAAAGUCUUCAUUCCUGUCGAUGGAAGCAACCAGCAGCAGAUAGAUAAGGAAGCAGAAGAUAGUCUAAGGGAAGCCCUCCAAGAAAAAGAUGCGGAGGCCUUGGGUGAUGCGAGAGUCGUAUGCAAAUACGGGUUUAUCGACGAAGAAGAAGAUGAGUUGGAGGACCACUACGAAAGAGGAGGAGAGUGGAUCCUGUGUUAUUUUUACUAA